UUUUAAUAAUUUGAGAAAAAGAAUGGAAAAAGGAAAAAUGUGAAAAAGGAAACAAGCUUCGAAUCGUCGCCAAUUUUCCAAUGGAAUCCCAAAACGCCGACGAAGAGGACCAGUUCUUUGACGCAUUCGACGACUUCCCGUUUUACGAUUGCCUUACCUUCGACCAAUCAGAUCCUUCCACGUCAGACUUAUCCUCUACCCUCCGUCGCCGAACCUUCUCUCGCCGAGGAAUCUCCUCCAAGGAACCCGGAGAUUCCCUUCUAGAAGCCUCCACCGUCGGAGGCCGCUUGAAAACCAGUUCUAGAGAGCCAAGGUACAAACUUUACCGCGAAUUGAAGGCAAAUGACAACAAUUUCGAGAUCACUGAAUCAGCUCGGGAUGGACUCAACUCGGCCCUUGUCAUAGAAGAGAAAAGCGACGUCGAAUCCACGGUUACCACCGCGAAAAAUGAUCAGUUGGUUGACGGAGUCCGUGAGUCGGCCGACUCUGGCACCGAACUCAGUGAGUCACUAUCUCCUUGCUCGCGUUUGCUACUGUUUAUAGCUGGUUUAGUGAUAAAGGCAAUCGGGUUUCAGUUAAAUUUGCUAAUAAGCUUCAUUACAUUACCUCUAUCGCUGUUAAGUUGCUGCUACAUGUUUAUUAUCGAUCCCUUUCAAGCUUUGAGGCAUGGUAGAACUCAUUUAAUCACAAAGUUGUUAAAUUUAUGGAAUUCAACUUGUGGCUAUUUUUGUCCUUGGAUGUGUGAGUGGUUAAAGGAUCAUAAAUCUAUAUGGAACCUCUUGUUUCGAUUCGGGUGGGGAAUGCUGUGGGCUACAUAUGUAGGCUGUGUUUUAUGUGGGUUAUUGUUUACUUCACUUGUGAUUAGUGGCAUUUUCAUGAGGUAUUUGGUAGAGGAACCAAUGGAGAUAAAGGAAAUGUUGAACUUUGAUUAUACUAAGAGUAGUCCAGUUGCAUUUGUUCCGAUUGUAUCCUGCACUAGUGUUGGUUGUGGUGUGAAGUGUAUGAAGAAGAUAGAUUUUGGGAAGAAUGUGGGAUCCCGAGUCAUACCGCCUGAUCACAAACUACAGGUUACCGUUUCUUUGACAUUGCCAGAGUCAGAGUACAACAGAAAUCUUGGGAUGUUCCAGGUCAGGGUAGAUUUCCUGUCCAUUAAUGGUGAAACUCUUGCUAGUUCAAGCCAUCCAUGCAUGUUGAAAUUCAAAAGUGAGCCUAUCCGCCUUCUGCUGACAUUCUUCAAGGUUGCUCCUCUAGUCACUGGCUAUGUUUCAGAAGCACAGACUCUAAAUCUGAAGAUCAGAGGUUUGAAUGAAGGAAUUGUGCCUACUGCUUGCUUAAGAGUUGUACUUGAACAACGAGCAGAGUACAGGCCGGGUGCUGGUAUUCCUGAACUAUAUGACGCUUCCCUCAUCCUUGAAUCAGAACUUCCUUUCAUCAAAAGAAUUAUAUGGUAUUGGAAAAGAACUAUAUUUAUAUGGGUCAGUAUGACAUCAUUUAUGAUGGAGUUAUUGUUUACUUUAGUUUGUUGUAGACCUAUACUCGUUCCAAAAACAAGGACAAGAGCUGGUUCUGCUAGCAGUAGGUCUACACAGAAUAGUUGGCCAGCACAGAUUUGAGGCACUGCAGAUUGAUGAUAAUAAUGCCAUUAAAGAUUUUCCUUCUGCUUGCUUACAAAAUCACUUAAAUUUGGUAGGGAACCUUGACUUUAUUGUUCCUCCUAUUUUUUUAUUUUUUCAACCCUGAUGUACAGGAAACUACACUUACGAGUUAUAGUUGAUGAGUAACUUACAUAUUGGCCAAUUAGUUGUUGCAGACAUGAAGGAAAUAAUGCAAGUGAAGAUUUUGCAUUGCUUG